AUGGCGUCUGCUAUUGCCGAGUCUGGAUCACAGCGCUUCGCGGAAUCAGCUAUGCUCGCCGUUGAGGGCACAGAUGGUUGCACCAAGAACUUCAACAUUCCCUAUGAUUCUCGACCCCUGACAAACUGUGGCAACAAGGCUAGCCCGUGCGGAGUUGAGAUCUUGACUAACUCAGAGAACAUUUGUGACAUGAUCAACGAUGUCUUGCCAAACAAGGACUUGGUCAACGGGUAUGCCACGUGGUGUUUGGCAUUGCCUGAUGCCCUUCGCGAGAGGAAGGCCGAGUCCGCCAUCUGGACCGUCGGUAAGGUCAAUGGAGCGACCACCAGGGCCAUGAAUGCCAUUACCUCUAUUGAAAAGAGAUUCGCCGAUGAAGGUUACGCUCCCAAGGACAACAAAGCGAGUGUCGUUUCUACAGAGCUCGCAAACAAGGAUGGAUGGACAGUACUUCAAGCACCAGAGGUCAACGUAACCUCCUACAUAUCCCUGGUCACGUCAAUCGAUUUCUGUCAGACCAACUCGUGUAGCCAGAAGCGGCUCGACGUGAUUCGGCAGUGGUUCAUCAACUGGAUCACCGCCGAUACGCAGAUCCGAAAGGGCUCGCUUUCUGUUUUGCUGAAGGGAUGGCAAGAUUCCUUCAAGGGAGCCUGGAAAACAAAGAUUGCAGCCAUGUCAACUUCGUGGAACACUCUGAAGGCUUGCUAUGACUCGGCCAAUGCCAAAAUCACGGAAAUACAGGACACUGUUUGCCAAGGAAACGCAUGCAAGGGCAAGACGGCGGCAGGAUUCAUCAAGCAAGUAUCACUCUUCCUCCAGAGCAUAGACAACCUAUACAGUAUUGGCUACCAAGCUGGCGAUGCAGAGUACAUGAGACAGUACUUUCUCGACAGCUACCUAAACAACAUCCAAGCCGCGUACAACUUGGAGCCAAAGAAGCUUGCACCCGUCAGCCCAUAUUACGACCUCGUCGUACCCAACAAGUUGGAGACGUUGCGUAUGCUCAUGAAUGGGUUUGGUACUGUCACAACCAAUUUGGAUUACUAUGCCAAGGAGAUGCAGGCCAACUUUUACUCUUUCACGCCCUUCAAGAAACACGCAACUACGGUUGACGCAGUUCUCAAGCGCUUUGAUGCCAUCCUCGCCCCAGACUGGAAGAACAACCAGGAGCUCUCACGAACCCCUGAGCUCCGCAAGGUUCGCGACGGCUUCAUCAAGACCCAGAACAUUAUCAAGAGCACCCUACAAGGCCCGGUCGGUGAUUUCUUGAAGGUUAUCAAUGCCUUCAACGAAGAGUUCGCCAAGUUUCCGCUUGCGACUAAGAAGCUUCAGCUUGCUUUUGGAGCCGUCCCCUAUCAACGUUGGAUUGAUGUCGAGUUUGACUACCCCUGCCGAACUAACAAGGAGCAGACUUUUACGGCAGCUGGAUUCUCAAAGGUGUACAAGUGGCCCGAGUUCAGCGCCUGCUCUUUUACUACCCAGAAGGUAGAUCUCGUCUCCAACUGGAUUCCCUAUCUCAAGUAUCGUUUUGCCUAG